CACGCCAUGGCGCUUCAAACUUGUCCAUCUUAGACCUCUCUCUGUUUCUUUCCACUUCAUCACACUUGUGUCGUGUGCGCGCCGCACAUUCAACAAUUGGCCGCUGGAUGUUGACACCUUUUUCUCCCGCAAGACCGGCGGCGAGGCUUCGGGCGUCCGGCCGCAGCAUCUCUCCCAGGACUCGGCGGGGUGGCCGCGUGACGAGUCUGCGUGGGGUCUUCACGUCGUCUCGGAGCCGCCGCCGUCCCUGACAGGUGCGCGUCGUGUGCGCCAAAGUGCGCGCGUCAUACAACAAUUGUUCCGGCUGCGUGGACUUUAUUAGUGGAAGAUGCGGAGGAGCUGGGACGCAUGCAACAGAACAUGAGGAGGAGUCCACACCGCGCAAGUAUGGGACUUCCUGUGCUUUGCAGAUGGCUGGUGUUCAUAGCGGCGGUGCCCGCCUGGCUGCUGGCGGCUCCAAACGGCAACCGCGAGCGUCCCUGCCUUCCGAGCUGCAGAUGCGACGGCAAAAUAAUCUACUGCGAAUCCAACGCGUUCCGUGACGUGCCGAGCAACGUGUCCGUGGGAACGCAGGGACUCUCGCUGCGUUACAACAGCCUGAUGAACCUCAGGGCCCACCAGUUUGCGGGCCUCAGUCAGCUGGUUUGGUUGUACCUUGACCACAACUACAUCGGCGCCGUGGACGGCCAAGCGUUCCACGGCAUACGCAGGCUGAAAGAAUUGAUUCUCAGCUCCAAUAAGAUCACCCUGCUUAAGAACAACACUUUCCAUGAUGUACCCAACCUCCGCAAUCUGGACCUCUCCUACAAUAAACUGCAGGUACUCCAGCCUAAUCAAUUUGUGGGGCUGAGGAAGUUACUCAGUUUACACUUGAGGUCCAAUUCUUUAAAAACUGUCCCCAUGCGGGUUUUCCUUGACUGCCGCAACCUGGAAUUCCUGGAUAUUGGCUACAACAGGCUACGGAGUCUCACUCGUAACGCCUUCGCCGGACUCUUCAAGCUCACCGAGCUGCAUUUGGAGCACAACCAGUUUUCCAAGAUCAAUUUUGCACAUUUCCCCCGCCUGACCAACCUGAGGGCCCUCUACUUGCAAUGGAACCGCAUCAAAGUGCUGACUCAGGGCCUGCCGUGGAUGUGGACUUCCCUGCAAAAGCUCGACCUGUCUGGAAACGAAGUCCAGACCUUGGACCCGAGUACGUUCCAAUGCCUGCCCAACCUCCAGACGCUCAACCUGGACUCCAACAAACUGAACAACGUGUCUCAGCAGACAGUGGAGACUUGGAUCUCCCUCACCACCAUAAGUCUGGCGGGUAAUCUGUGGUACUGCAACCCAAACAUAUGUCCCCUAGUGGACUGGCUCAAGGCCUUCAAAGGGAACAAGGAGACCACUAUGAUCUGCACAGGCCCUAAGGAGGCACAAGGAGAAAAAGUAAGCGAUGUGGUGGAGACUUAUAACAUUUGCACAGUAACGCCGAGCCCCAUUACCUCGACAAGGGCACCGCUCACGUCUGCAUUUCAAACCGAACCGCCACCCCUUCCCACGCAGCCUGAAGUGGACGAGAAGUUCACAGGGAACAGGACAGCAACCCCAACCCCUACCCAGGCCUCCCCCACCAUCCCUUUACCAGAUUCCGAGUACGUGUCCUUCCAUAAGAUCAUCGCCGGUAGCGUGGCUCUGCUGCUGUCCGUGGCUAUCAUCCUCCUUGUCAUUUACGUCUCAUGGAAGCGCUAUCCCAGCAGCAUCAAACAACUUCAGCAGCGCUCGGCGGUCAAAAAGCGGCAGAAAAAAACCCGGGAGACCGAGCGCUCGCUUAGUUCGCCGCUGCAAGAGUAUUACGUGGACUACAAGCCUUCGCACUCAGAGACAAUGGAUGUGCUGGUUAAUGGGACAGGACCUUACACAUACACCAUCUCAGGCUCCAGGGAAUGUGAGAUACCGCUGCAGCUGAGAGCCAUGACGUACGGCUGCGAGCAGUCAGUGCUGGACUACUGCCACGCUCACCUGCACUUCAACACGGAGCCCCGCAUUCAGGAGACGGACAGUCGCAGGCCGAGCAGGUACCAGCGGGGCCCGACGGCCGAGCCUGUGUCGUCUUUCUCCCGGACCCGUUCCCUCCGACAGUAAACAGCAGUAAAUAAUCUGCAGACUUUUUGGAAUAAAACAAGGUGUUGAAGGGAAGGUGUGCUGGUAAAGAAGCAACAGAGACAGUUAAUCUGCUGAAGAGCAUCCAGGGCCACAGGGUAAUGAGGAGGACAUCAUUCUCAGUGGAAAUAUAAGUCUGCUAUUGAUUGAUGAGUCCCUGACCCAUCAAACCCUCAAUAUGCCUCAAUUAGCCAAGGAGGCUGAACAGCAGCCUGACUUUUAAUGUUCCGCUCCUGCUCUCGCGCUGCUUGUUGAGGAGUGUCAAGGAUAAUACUUCACUCAUUUGUUAAUCCCAUGAAAAAUAUUCUGUAUUUUUGCCACUUGUCCACGUCUGGGUGCCUCUGCUGUGUCAGGUAAAGUAAACAAACGCAAAAGGCUUAAAAAAAAAACAAACACCAGACGUGAGAAACUGUGUUGGAAGUAUUUUUCUGCUGCUUUUUUGUUCCGAUCAUUAUGAAUCUGAGGGGGAAGAAGAAGACCCUGGACCACUUUCAUGUCCACGCUAAAUUACAGAAUGGACGGGAAAAAAAGAGUCACAUGUACAGCCAGAAAAUAGUAUUUGUUAUUACGCUGAUUUGCAUCGCCACAAGGUCCAGCCCCCGCUUCUGCUCCACCUGGGUCCUCUGAAUGAGAGUCAAGCGCGUUAGGCAUUGAGCUAAAAGCCCGGGCUGUCAACUCCUCAUCCAGCGCUCCUUCUUAAGGCAGGGAUA